AUGCAACAAACCGACUGUGAUAUACAACGGGACCAACACAUCCAAACUACUCCACACAUCAUGUCCACCAUCCAAGAGUCAGAGGAACACACUUCAGACGUUGGGGACAUUGAUGCCAACACGGAGUCCAAUGCAUCCACUCCUCAAGAUAUGAUCACUAGUGAAGAGUCCACUCCAACCAUGCAAACUAUACACAGAGAUGACCACAACUUACAGCUCUCUCUUAGUGAUGAUAAGCCAUCCAAUUUGGAUAUAACCUCUAAUAGCAGUACUAAUAGCAGUAAACGUUUCAAUAUUAAGAAUAAUAAGAAUUUUGAAAAUAAACUAAAAGAUAACUUUACUACUCAUGAAAAUUCGAGUUUUAAAGCAUCGGGUGAAAGAAAAGCUCAGGAAGAAAAUGAUGGGAAUACUGACAAAUACAAGUGUCCCGUAUGUGAUCUCAAACUGGACUCACAGCACACUUUUACAGUACAUAUCCGACAGCACAACCCUUCAGACCACUCGCACACCUGUAGAUUGUGUGGCAAAACACUGAGUUCUGCGAGUUCUCUGGACAGACAUAUGUUGAUCCAUUCGGGCGAAAGACCCUUCAAGUGUCGCAUUUGCAAUAUGGCGUUCACCACGAAUGGCAAUAUGCACCGACAUAUGAGGACUCAUGGCAUGGAUAAUAACAACGAUGACUGCAACGGCACCGACACUAACAACAGUUCCAACAAAUUAAUUAAAUCUAAAAAACGAAAAGCGAGUGAAGACGACAAUAGAGAGCCGCUAAUGAAGGCAUCGCCUAAAAGACGAAACUCGGACGUGGGCACCGAUCUCACGGUCCAUAAAUUGAAUGCAAUUCAAAAUACAGAGAUAUGUUGUCCGAUAUGCAAGAAGGCUAUGAUAUCCAAGAGUGCGCUCCACUCGCAUAUGGAGGCGCAUCCAAAUGAGCCCAUCUGUUGCCGCGACUGUGGUAUGAUUGUCAACAAUUAUGCCACUUAUACGCAGCACCGGUGCACUGCCAUCGACGGCACGUCCAGUAUAUUGUCUCCAAACCGAAUGAACUUUUCGAGCGCACCGGCCGUUGGCUUCUAUGACCUGAGUUUCACGGACUUCACGUCCAGAAAGUUCUCAAUGAUUGCCAAAACGUUUUGCGAACACAAUCUCCGCAAAGCGAGCAGUCCUUACCACGAGUUUGAGUGCGACAAAUGCAAGCGAGCCUUUCCCUGUGCCAGUGCUCUCAAUCUGCACGAGUCCUCACACGACAGUCAGACCUACUGUCGCUUAUGUCAGCACGACUUCGUCACUCCCGCCCUCUUCUUAUCCCAUCAAAUGAAACAUCGCUUCAAUUACCCGAUGGUAUCGAUGACCAGUUCUAUACCACAACCGCUAGGCUUUAAACCAUCGAAUGAGUCGUACGGAGAUGUCCCGCAUUCAGACAAAGAAGACUUUUUGGCAUUACUUGAUCUCCAGAAUAAAGGCUCGCAAAUGAAUUCCAUUCAAUCAAACUAUAAGUUCACUCGAAGUGAAGACUCCUUUGAAAAUAAUUCUUAUUAUAUUCACGCGAAGCCUUUGCCGCCUCCGCGGUCGACACCAUUCCAGUCCAAAGUGACCCCCAAUGGCACUGAAAGCGAUUCCAAUAAACAUGAUUUGGCAGACAUUCAAUCAAUCAUAUCUGUGACCAGAUCUGCAGCCCCUCUCAUGUCAAGUAUCCGCUCAUCACCUCCGGCUGCUUCUCCCGCAUCACCCGUUCAUUUGGGAGUCAGUGGCGCACAACCGGACUCUCCAGUGGCCGCCGACUCGGCCAACGCCAGCCCUAACACCCCAUCCAUUAGUAAAACAGAAAGCGAUGAGAAGUUAAUGAAUGAGAAACCGCUUUCAAUAGUGACGGAAACCGAAGACGAGACCAGACCUGUGUUUAAAUGCAACAAAUGUUCGCUUAGUUUCAAGACUACCAAUGCCUUAAAGCGUCACAAUCGGGGCCAUACACAGGGCGGACACUCGUAUGCCUGUCAUCUGUGUCCGUACACCAGUCUGGACAAGAGCACCCUGGUCAGACACCUACGGACGCACAACGGCGAGAGACCCUUCCAGUGCUCGAUCUGUAAAUACGCGUUCACUACGAAAGCCAAUUGCGAGCGUCACGUCAGGAAACGCCACAAAAAGUCACAAAAACAGGAGAUCCGAAGUGCUAUGCAAUACAACCCAAACAUGUCCACCGCCACAGCCCUCUCUCACCAGAACUUAACCAAAACUGAGUCAAACCCAGUGCUGUCGCCCGCAAGUGACACCUUUCCAGGAGGUUUUGAUACGAUUUGUAAGUACUGUAACGUGGACUUCAAGUUCAAUCGAGUCCUCAGACAUCACUUGAGAUCUCUUCACAACAGUUGCAGUCGAAAGCCGUACUGUUGUUCGGUCUGCAAACUUGGCUUUAGUACUAAAAACAAUUGCAUUCGACAUGUAGUCAAACAGCACCCGGAGAUGAAAGACAAACUCUCGUCAGUAGUAUUCGCUAACUCUUCCAUUGGACUCAAUAGCGAUCACUCGGAGUCGGAGUCUUUAUAUCUGGAUUCACCAGAAUUAUCAUCACAUAUGACAAAAGAGUCAAUCAAUAUGUCUACAGACAACUCAAUGAAUGGAUCUCUUAGUGAAACAUCUGCAAUGUCUGCACUCUCUGCACCUCAACAUCACUCAAGUUUAGCCGCUUUGUGUCAAAUCGCCAAAAAUAUAUCUUCAAAUCAUGAGAAACCUAUGAAUUUGGUGAUGGACUCGAAGAGCAAUUUUGAAGACGACGACACGGAUUGUAGUGGUAAUGAAGAUGAACCCCUAAAUCUUGCGAGUCAUUCACAUGAGGAGCAGCCACUGGAUCUGGCCGUUCACGCUCUGGACCUGAGCUGUAAGUCUUCGUAUCCCACAAAAGACAAGAGUUGUGAUGACAUGAAAGUGAACGAAGCCGUCCGAACGGCUGCAUCCAGUUUACUGGCGUUGCGCUCAAUGACCACUUCAUCCGCUUUUCCAACGAGUCUUUCAAACUUUGCCGCCGGAAGUGUUCUUCAGACACCACUGUUUCAUCACUCAGGUAUCUCACUAACACCUCCACUGCCGGCCCACUCCACUGCACCCAUUGCUAUGCUAUCACCAAAUUCUGGCGCUUCUAUGGAAGACAUCUACAAAAUGACAAACUUUCGGAUUUCCAAGAAUCGACUUUUGCCUCGAAAUGAAAGAAGCUUUACAUGUAUUUAUUGUUCGGCGGGUUUUACACUGAAAUCAAAUAUGGAAAGACAUAUUAAGAGGAAACACCCGGAGUUUGCUCGACCCCCGCGAAGUCGUGGUGUGUCUUCUGCCACACAUCAGUCAUCACAGACCGGAACCAGUACUGGAAGUCAGUCGAACUCAUCCCUUCUGUCCAAAUCAAAUAACACGACCCUUUCCAAUAAGACGAGGGCUGCCCUCAGAGUUGUACUCAACAACAAAGUGAUGGGAACUGCUGUUGGAAACAGUAUUAUAUCAGGACCCUCUUCACCGGGUGAGCCGUUUGUCAAUAAUAUGAACCUAAAGAAUAGUGAAGAGAAUAGCAAUAACGCCGAUAAUACGGGAGAUCUGGCGAGCGUUUCCUCACUGAUAGACCAUUCGGCCAACUCUUCAAAUGCUUUGAAGCAAUACUUCAAUAAACAAAGCGAUGACAUCGAAGCCAAUGUGGAAAUGGUGUCAAAUAAUGGCACAAAUGAGACCAAAACCGAAACAAUCCGUCCAAACGAUAAUAAUAAAAGUAUGAAGAGUUUCAAUAGAAAGUCCAGCAAAGAGUGGAACAGUAAGGGCUCGGGUUUGGGGGCGAAGAAACGAAGUGCCUAUACUGACUCACCCAACAGUGUGUCGUGUCCCUACUGCGCCCGUAAGUUCCCCUGGACCAGUAGCUUAAGGCGACAUAUCCUCACCCAUACCGGGCUUAAGCCUUAUAAGUGUCCCAAAUGUCCCAUACUUUUCACUACGAAAUCCAAUUGUGAGAGACAUCUGAUCAGAAAACACAACGGAAGAGAAAAGCGAUCUUUUGUUGAACACACGACCAUCUCUUUGGAUAGUAAGCCUUAUAAAUGCAAUGUCUGUCCCAACAGCACGUUUACAACUCACGGAAACCUCAAAAAGCAUUACUAUUUGCGUCAUUGGAGUAAAACCGGGAAACAAAACAAUAUCUUAAAGAAUAGGAAAGAAGAUAUUCGUGAAGAAGAAGUGAACGAAACUAAUGUUAACAACAAUUCAAUACAAGAGGAGACGGGCGACGAUCGACUGAACUUCACGUGCUAUUUGUGUGAGACAUCUUUCAACGGUCGACUCAAGUGCCUCAAACACAUCCAGUCCUGCCAUUCCAACGAAUAUCAUAUUCUACAGUCAAAAGGUGCUGUCGAUAAGGUACCGGUGACUGACACCAAACCCAUGCCUACAGUUAACAAUCAAAAUGAUAAUCAUGAAGAAUACGAGUCUUAUAGUCAGCAAAAGAUCCUGUGUGUGUUCUGUCCGCGACAGUUCACUCUCGUAGACAAUUUGCGGCGACAUAUGAGAGUCCAUUUGGGAGAGCGUCCCUUCAAAUGCAUGCUUUGCACCAAACGAUUCUCAUUGAAGAACAGUCUUCUCCGCCACCACAGGACUAAUCAUCCGGAGAGUGAAUUAUCUUCGAGAACCAAAACUAAGUCUAAGCAACCAAUCAUUCCAUCCAUUUCCUCGACAUCUCUGUUGAAAGAGACUGACAGCCAAACAACGACUAAAGCGGUUAAGUCUAAAGGAAGCUGUAAUUCAUUGUUAUAUUUGAUUCCAAAGGAUUCCGUCAAACAAUUGGAAACAUUUGCACAAAAUUCCAAUAUAUAUGAUGGCGAUCAUGAAGAUGGAAGUGAUCUCAUUCAGAAUUUGUUAGGUCUUCAGGACUCGAAGAUUUUGGACGAUUUGCUCGAUUCUGGGGCCGACUCUGCCGCCCGAAUAUUAGGCGUUAAAGACUUGGCCUAA